AUGUUACAGCAGAUGACUGAUGCUAAUAGGAAGACAGUGAUGGAAUCAUAUCAACAUUGUACCAGAAGAAUUCAAUGUAAUUUGGCUGUUUUGAACUAUAUUUAUGAUAAAUAUCAUACUGAUCAAUCACAACAACCAAGUCUUAACAAAACUGCAUUCCCAGUCAUGUUAUCCGCACCUCCCGAUAUGCCUGAACUAAGUCAAUUAUAUUCCAAACUUCAAGAGUUAUAUCCUGAAGCAUUACAAUUCCUUAAGUUGAAGAUUCAACAAAUGAGGAAGCAGCAAUUCCAACAACAACAACAGCAGCAACAGCAGCAACAACAGCAACAGCAGCAGCAGCAGCAACAACAGCAACAGCAACAAGCUCAGCAGAACCAGCAGCCACCACAGCCUUCGCUACAGCAAUCGAACCAGCUUCAACAACAACAACAGCAAUUAGCACAACAACAACAACUACAGUCUCAAAUGUCCCAACAACAAAUUCAACAAGCUCAGCAACGUGCAGCACAACAAAAAGCUGCAAUGGACGACCAGAUGCUUUUCCAACAGCAACAACAACAGCCUAAUGCUAUGAAGGAACAAAAUCGAAGCAUGUAUAACAGUGGAAUUCCAACACCAGGUGGAAGAGCCCUGAGUGAUUAUUUAAACCAAGGUGGUGGUAACGUAGGAGGUCCUGAUUACAACUCCAAUAAUGGGAUCAAUCCAUCAGGAAUGCAACCUCAACAACAGGCCAUCCAAGCACUUUCACCACAACAAAUCUUACAGCAAGCUCAACUGGACCCAAAUAACAAUAUGAUGAGAAGUACUACACCUGGAGAUUUGCUUAGUCAAGGUCAACUUAGCAAUUCAGGAUUUGAUUUCUUUUAA